AAGAAACGGAAGAAACGAAACAACCUCACUCUAGCACUGACUAGUGGGAGAGAGGCCAAAUGCAAUGGUAAUUUAUACACAACCGAAUAUCCAAAUGAUGGUAUCAAAGUGGGUCAGGGUCAGGGUCAGGGUCCGGUCCGAGUCAGCGCGAGCUAAAGCGGUAAACGGAGUGGCGGGAUUGGUACAGGGUGACCUGCAGGUGGGUAUCCAGCACCUAAAUUCCGUGGCAUGCAGCAGUUGGGGUUGGGGUGGUGAGUGUAGGUGUACUGGCAACUCUGUAGUUCCACGUGGACGGCUGCGGAUGGAGAGGGGUUGGGAUUGGGUGGGAACGUUUCCAUAUGUUGCGAUGGGUGCAUCGGAAGUUGGACCGUUGAAAACGAAUUCCAACGAUGGUGCAGAGAAAGACGUGGGGUUUUGCCACGUGUAUGGUCCAGUGCGCAAUAAAAACAGGCUGGCGCUGGCGGUUCGGGUGUGUUUUUAUCGCGGUUUUUUCAUAGCGCAAUGAUUUUUCCUUUUUUUUUUUUAAUUUUUUUUAUUGUUUAUUUUUUAAUAAUGUAACAUAUUUUAAAUUGUAUUAGGUAAUAACAAUUUUUAUUUUAU